GGUCUGUCGCAAGUGCAAGUGAGGCAGCGAAGGCAGGAAUUCCACUGGAUAGCUACCAAGAGGGUUCUCAAAUUGAUUUUGCAUUUGAUGAUGCUGAUGUUAUAGAAGAAGGAUCACUAAUUGCUGUCAUUGGACGCCGUAAAUUGCAUGGUGAGGAAUCUGUACUAGAAAAGAAGUCCAUACUAAAUGCUUCCAAUAAACUUGCAUUCAUUAUUGAAGAAAACCAGUACAAAGGUGGUCUGGAGGGUUCUAUUCCUGUUUUAGUUCAGUCUUUAGACUGGUUGGAAACUGCUGAAGAGAUUGAUGAUAUGUUCUUGGGCGAUGCUGAGGUCUGGAGAAGACCAUCUAUAGGGCAAGCUGGGCCCCUUGGAGGUGACUUCCCACUAGUCACCAAAGAAGGACAUAAUUUGCUCGAUGUUAUUUUUACAUCUCCAAUUGAAAGCCUCGCUAAAGUGGCAGAAAACCUCGAUACAAUUAAGGGUGUUGCAGGGCAUGGAAUCAUUUCAAAAUUUCCGUGCACAGUGGUAAUUGCCUCCCAGGAUGGGCUCAAUGUGGUGGAUAAAUUGACAGAAAAGGUAGUGGGAUGAGAAUUUGGAUCAGAGUGAUUCAUGAAGUAAACGGAGAGAUAAAGAGGUGGGUCCUAUUUUUGUAAAUUCACUUUUAGAACCAUUCCCUCUCUAUUUUCAUUUUUCCCCCCUUCAUUUGGCCUAAAAGUGAGUUUAGAUUAUCAAUAUUUAGUUAGUUAUAAUAUCAUAUUAUGUAAUAUAGAUCUGUGGCAGCGCAUUUUGUUUUUCUUUGUUUUUUUUCCCUUUUGGUUUCUUGUCUGCCUCUGCAAGUGAGAUAAAUAGGCAAUAAAGUAUAGUGCAGUUAACAUAAGAAUUUGGUUUACAAAGAAAAGUUAAUAA